GGGCUUCCCACAGGCAGCAGCUCUUCAAGAACUGCUCCAGAUACGGGUCCGUACCACGGGGUCCAUCCGUCAGGAGCACACUGCUCCAACCUGGGUCCCCCACGGGCGGCAGCUCCUGCCAGGUCACCUGCUCCUGCGUGGGCUCCUCUCCACGGGCUGCAGCUCCGGCCCGGAAUCUGCUCUGGCGGGGAUCCUCCACAGGCUGCAGCCUGCUUCAGUGUAGGUCCACCUGCUCCACCGUGGCCUCUUCCACGGGCUGCAGCGUGGAACCCUGCUCCACCGUGCUACUCCAUGGGCUGCAGGGGGACAACCUGCUUCACCGUGGUCCUCGCCACAGGCCGCAGGGGAACUUCUGCUGUGGUGCCUGGAGCACCUCCUCCCACUCCUUCACUGACCUUGGGUCUGCAAGGCUGUUUCUCACUCCUCUCUCUCUCCCAGCUGCUGUUCCGCAGCAGCUUUUUCCCUUUCUUAAAUAUGCUCUCACAGAGACGCAAACAACACCGCUUAUUGGCUUGGCUCUGGACAGCAGCAGGGCCCUUAUCUAAAAUGGGGCAGCUUCUGGAUUCUUCGCACAGAAGCCACCCCUAUGGGCCCCCGCUACCAAAACUUGCCAAGUAGGCCCACUACAAUUUCUUCUCAGAAAGAAUAGUCAGGAAUUGGAACGGGUUGCCCAGGGAAGUAGUGGAGUCACCUGGGGGUGUUCAAGGAAAGGCUGUACGUGGUGCUUAGGGACAUGCUUUAGUGGGUGACAUUGGUAGUAGGGGGAUAGUUGGACCAGAUGAUCUUGAGGGACUUUUCCACCCUUAAUGAUUCUACGAUUCUGUGAUUCUAAUUAGGAGGCUUUGAACCCUGAUGGUGAGAGUUGGAGAAAGGAGUCAGGGCUCAGACCGGACUGUCAACUGCAGUAAAGACUAUUAAGACCGCUGGCUUUGUAACGUCUCUUGCUGAUGUCUGGGGGAGAAAACGAGCUCUGGUCUCACCCUGCUCUCGAGAAACCGUGGAGGAGAAGGACGUGAGGAGGGAGCAAGCUGCGAGCCAAACGCCAGGUGUCCUGCGGCUGUCCCGGAGGGUGGCAAUGCUGGCCCAAAGGUGCGGUGCAGGCGCCGCCACUCCAGGGCUGCAGCCCUGUCCGAGGGACAUCUCCGCUCCUGCCUGUGGCACGGGGAGCGUUGCCAGCAGGCCGAGGGAAGCAAUCCUUCCUCUCCACCGCGUGCCGCGGGACCCGGCGUUUGAGCCCACGCCGGCUGCAAGAGCGGCCACCCUCUUGCUUGGGUGCCAAGGGCCCAGGCCCCAGCGGGGCACCUCCAGCCACCCCCGUGAGGCGGGGGCUCUGUCACAGUGGGUCCCUGCCCAAACGGGGGGCGUGCGGUGGUGAUGUCACAAUGGCCACUGUGACCCGCGGGGCGAGGAGCAGAUAAAAGGCUGCUGGGCUCGGGCCGUGCCUCAGUGCGAUUUGGUGAGUUGGGGAGAGAGCAGGGAGGAGGGGGCUGGCCGGGGCUGCCGAGGGAGGAGGGGUCCCACACCUCGGGCCCGUGCUACAGACUCACCCUCGUCCUGCUUCUCCCUCAGGGUCGGCAGAGGAGCGUGUGGAGGAGAAACCCCGGCACUGCUGGGGCAGCGACUCUCCAAGUGCUCGCUGUCGAAGUGCACCAUGUCUGCAAUGAAGCGGAAGGCUCCCGACUCGAGGGAACAAGGUGAGAGAAAAGCAUCCCAUCCCACAGGAGGGCGGGGAGGGGCUGGGGGGGGUGCCUGUGGCUGAGAGGGGAGGCAGGGGCAGGCAGGGGCUCCCCAACCACCCCGGGGCAGGGCCCCUCUGCUCCUUGGCAGGGGGGGCCCAGGUCGGGCUGUGGGUGCCUGCUGGGACCCUUGUGCCUGCUGUGCCCCCUUCCCCUCCACAGCCUCUGGCCCUGCCCAUCAGCCAGCGUGGCAGGGACAGAACAGGCCCUCGGGGACAGUCCCUCAGGGACACCUGGCCCCGCAAAGGCGCUCAAUGGCUGUGCCGUUUGCUCUCUCCCCUCCAGCAUGCAUGCUGUGUGGCCGGGCAGAUGCUGACCCAAACAUCUGCGGCCCCAAACACAAAAGGAAUGGGCUCUGUGCCCACGCGUUUUGCCUGGUGAGUUCUCCGUGGCUCCUGUCAGCAUCCCACCAGGGACGGUCCCUUCCUCUACGACCCCUAAUGAGAUCCUGCUCUUUUCUCUUCUACAGUAUUUUGUGGAUAGCCUUUCACGGCGUGGAAGCAUGCGCAAACACAUAGAGGGGUACCGUCCUGACGACAUCCGAUGCGCGAUCAAGCGGGCAUCCCAGAAGGUGAGGACCUGAUGGGGAACAGGGAGGUUUGUGCCAGGAGAUGCUCCCGCAAGCUUAGCCUGGACCCCAAGGAAGCAAUCCCAGCCUUUCCAACCUGCUCCGGGACAAACUGCUGCUCUGGCAGACGAGCCUCGUCCGCCAGGCGGGUCUGCAGAGUGUGACCCAGCAGCGCCCGCACCCUGUGCCCUGCCCUGCCCAGGGGUGUGGGGCCAGCGGUGGCGGCGGCAUCGAGCCUGCUGCUAAUGGGGCUGCUGUGUUCUUUUCAGCAAUGCUUCGUUUGUGGCGAGCGAGGGGCCACCAUCACCUGCACGGAGACGGGCUGUGAACGCAGCUUCCAUCUCCCCUGCGCCUCGGAGGGAGAAUGUGUCACCCAGUUCUUUGGGCGGUACAGGUCCUUCUGCUGGGAGCACCGCCCUCAGCAGGCAGUGCAGGCAGCUCCAGAGCAGGACACCACCUGCACCAUCUGCAUGGACCCUGUGGGGGACAGCAAGUCCUACCACACCAUGGUGUGCCCAGCCUGCAGUCACGCCUGGUUCCACCGGGGCUGCAUCCAGGUAGGAGCCCUCCCUCACCCUGCGGGCACGGCAGGUGCUCAGCAGCACCAGGGCCCGCUCAUCUCACCGCAUGUGUUUCUGCUGCAGGAACUGGCCAUACACACAGACAAUCACCGCAUCAAGUGCCCCGUCUGCAGAAACAGGGGGGAGUUUCGUUCAGAAAUGUCCAUCAUGGGGAUCCGAGGGAUCCGAGUCCCAGUCAGAGGACCAGCCUGGGAGAACAACAACGCCUCUGCAUCGCUGCAAGAGAGGUGCCGGCGCUGUACUGCCAGGGAAUGCCUUUACCCACAAGGCAGGGAGCAGGCGGAGGGACAGGGGCCCUGGCAGCUGCUCCUGUGCCGCUCCUGCGCUGCCGAAGGCACCCACCGGCGCUGCUCCAACUUGACCAACAGCGCAGGCACCUGGGAGUGCGACAGCUGCGCUGGCGUGGGCACCAGCAGCCAGGCAGCACUGUGGCCAUUACAAGGGAUCCUGGUGACUGACAGUAGAAGACGGGAGAGAGACCGGACGACGAUCCGCCAUCCAGCAGGGGACGGCCCAGAGAAGCCGCUCCCCAUUACAACACCAGGCCCCAAAUACCCAGAGGCAGACCCGAAGACGGCAUCGGAGCAGAGCUGCUACAACCCCCAGUGCUCAGAGCAGCAGCGACAGCAGCAGCAGCUCUGCCAGUGGAACAGCACCAGGAACCUCCAGUCGCUCCACGGUGCCCGAAGGCAGACACCCCGCCAGCCAGCGGGGGCGACCCCGGACGAGAAGCCGCUCACCGCUGGAACGUCCAGCCCCAGAUCCCCAGAGCCGGCCCCGAAGACGCCGCAGGAGCAGCCGUGCACCACAAACUGGUGCUGGGAGCAGCAGCAGCACCAGAUCUGCCAGGCGGGCGGCAUCGGGGUCCCCCAGGUCGGCAGAGGAGCGUGUGGAGGAGAAACCCCGGCACUGCUGGGGCAGCGACUCUCCAAGUGCUCGCUGUCGAAGUGCACCAUGUCUGCAAUGAAGCGGAAGGCUCCCGACUCGAGGGAACAAGCAUGCAUGCUGUGUGGCCGGGCAGAUGCUGACCCAAACAUCUGCGGCCCCAAACACAAAAGGAAUGGGCUCUGUGCCCACGCGUUUUGCCUGUAUUUUGUGGAUAGCCUUUCACGGCGUGGAAGCAUGCGCAAACACAUAGAGGGGUACCGUCCUGACGACAUCCGAUGCGCGAUCAAGCGGGCAUCCCAGAAGGUGAGGACCUGA